AUGGGUAAUACUGAUUCAAAGUUACAAUCUGUAUAUCAUUCACAUUUCCAAAGAUUGGCUACCCCCACAAAUAACAAUGAUAGUAGCAAUGAUAAUGAUAAUAUCAUCCCACUGUUCAAUGAUAACAUAAACCUAUCCUUUAUUCUUUCUUUAUUGUUUCAAAAUAAUAAUAACAAAAAUCAUGGUACUGACGAUAAUGAUAAUGAUAAUGAUAAUGAUAAUAAUGACAAUCUAUUAAAUUAUUCUGUAUACAAUAAAUACCCAAUCUUCAAUCAAUUUUUUUUGGAUUUUUACAAUGAGAACAAUAAUAAUGAUAUCGAAUCCUUUCACAUUAAUAAACAGAUAUUGACUCUUAUCAUUAAUAGCAAUUAUAAAAACUAUGAAAAUCUACUAAGAUUUGUUAUAUUACAAUUUAUUUUCUAUUCGAAAUCAGUGAUUUUAAUUAACAACAGUAAUAGCACCAAGAAUAGCAAUAACAUACCUUAUUAUUGUCCGAAGAAAUUGAUACAGAAUUUAUUAUUGUCUAUUAGAUUGUUAAUCAAUUUGUUACCAACCUAUUAUUCUUAUCAAAACGAUAUCUCUAAUAAUAACUUCCUCAUAUACGAUACCGAUUUUAUAUGGGAUAAUAAAUCCUUGGAUAACAUAUUUAAUAUAAAAAAUAAUUUCACUAAUCAACAACAGAAUUUAAAUGAACUACUCGAACCUAAUUGUUCCUUGGGUCAGUUGAUCAUUGAAAAUUUAUUAAAUUUAUCAUUCAUUGAUGGAUUCACUGUUUUUAAUGAUAAAAAUAAAACUAAUCAAACUAAUAAUAAUAAUAAUAAUAAUAAUAAUAAUAAUAAUGAUAAAGAUAUCAAUCUGGUUUGGGAAAAUGGAUUAUUUACUAAAAAUACCUUUUUAUUAAAACAAUAUCCAAGACUGGAUUUGAAUAGAGUAUACUGUUUGGAAUUAUGGCUGACUUUGUUUUCAAUAGACUUAUACAAAACUGACAACCAUUCAGACCUCAAUAGUCCUGACAACAAGACCAGCAAUAAUUUUAUUGAAUUUUUAUUGAAGCUGAGAUCAAAUAAACUCAAUCUUCUGUUUCUUUCAAUUAUUAAUCUUCUAUCAAUAUAUGGAAACAAUUUUAAAUCAAAUUUGAUUCAAAAUUCAUAUUAUACAAACAACAACAACUAUUAUCUAUUGAAGAAAAUCGAUGAUUCGAUUGUACCAAACAGCAAAAAAAUUUUAUUAGAUUUAAAAGCAAAACUUAUCCUAUUAGGUCUACAAUUCAUUAAUGUCAUUUUAUAUUAUAUUACAAUAAAUAAUAUCCAACAUUCAUCCAUCGAGAUAUUUUUGCAAAAAUUUAUGCAAAGAGAAUUUGAUUUCAAGUUAUUAUUGACCUCCUUUAUUAAAAUUUUUAAACAUCCAAUUGAUAAAUGUAUCGAAAUCGAAUUAAAUCCAUUGAGAUUCCAUAAUGAUCUAACCUCAUCACUUUCCAGCCCGUCAAAUAAUGUCAGUAAUUCUACUUCCACUCUACAAGCCCAAUCGUAUUCCUCUUCCUCGUCCUCUGUUUCAUCAUCUACAUCUGCAUCUAAUCAAGUAAAUAGAUCAACAAGUAAUGAUUCAAGUCCAAUUAAAACUAAUCUACCUGACAUACCCGAUCUAUUAAUUCAAUUCAUGCUAUUUAUUAAAUCUUUUAUUAAUAUUAAUUCUAAUUUCAAAAAAUACUUUAUUGAGAAAUUUGCCAAUAAAUUUGUUAUUUUUAAUAUAUAUUAUAUCAAAUAUUAUAGUAAUAUUAAUUGCUAUAAUUCUUCAUUAAUUCCACUAUGUUACACGUUGAUAUUAACAUUAUUAAAUGAAAAAUUGACUCUACAUAAAUUGCUACAAACAUUUACAAUCAAUUAUUAUACAAAUAAAUUACCCAAUUUUUAUAAAUUACCAAAUCUAGAAUUAAGUAACAUUGAGUCAUUAACUUAUAGAGAUUUUAUCAUUAUCCAUUUAUCGAAUUAUAACAUUAAAUUGAUUAAACAAAACUUAAUACCAAAUAAUUUAAAUUUCGAAAUACUCUAUAAUAUAUUACCAAUUGGUAACAAUAUUAAUAAUAUUGGAUUAAACGAAUUACCUAAAUCGGCUAUAUUACAUUCGAAUCCGAAUUCAUAUUCUAAUCCAUCCUCGAAUGAUACAUUAUCAUACAAUGCAAUUUUGUCAUUAUUAAACCUAUUUAAUAAGAUGUCAAUAAAAUCUUAUCUUUCAUCGUAUAGCAACAACGAGAUUUACUAUGUAAGUGGUUCACAAUACUUUGGUUCAAUCCAAUCAUUAUCAUUACCUUCAUGGAAACUGGAUCAAUUGGCUUUAAUGAUCAGAACAAUCUUAAAAUUUAUUUCAUUCCACUAUGAUGAAUCUAAAAAUUUAUUGUUUUUAUUAUGUAAAUAUCAAAAUCUUUUGUUUCAAGUUAAGGAUUCUCUACAAUUUAUUGAUAAAAUUUUGUUUAGCAAUCCAUCAAAACUAAAUGAUUAUGUUUUUAAUAAUCUAAAAAAUAUUAAAACUUUGCAAAAGAUCGAAUAUAUGACUCAAUUAAAUUACAAGGACAACAUAUAUAAUAGUAUUAACAUGAGCAUAAAUAAUGCAAAUGGUUAUUCCAAUUUAUCAAAUGAUCCUAUUAAUAUGGAGAAAUUAUCAGUAAAUCACCCAACUUCCCUAGUUUUCAAUAAGAUUACAUCUGACACAGAUUCAAAGGAAAAGACAGCAAACAACGACACAAUGUUAAAUUCUGAUAAUAAUAAUAAGAAAAAAAAUAAGAUCCUUGAGCACUCUGAUUAUAACUAUGAUCUUUAUUUUGAAAAUAAAUUUAUUUAUACUAUUUUUCAAACACAAUGGCCUUGGGGUUUAAAUGAGAAUCAUAAAUUAAAGUUAUCAAAAAGUGUAUCGAUUGAUACGACAAAAUCUGCAUUUUGGACAGGUCAUUCAGAUUUCAAAUUGUUAGCUAGAAUUAUUAAGUUGAUAGUGAUGGAAUUCCCAGAAAUUUUGAAUACAAAAAAAAAUUCAGAGUUUAGUAUCCUGAUGAAAAAACUCAAUGUCUUUAAACCAAAAUUAUAUGAAAAAUUGAAAGAUCAUUUGCCAAUAUAUUUAUCACACCCUAAAUUUUAUUCAGGCAUUCAAUUUUUGGAUAAUAAUAAGAUAUGUUCUAAAUGGUUAUACAAACUUUGUUGGACAAAUAUUUUCAAUGCUAACUCGUAUUAUUACCAAUUUGAUCCAGAACUUGAUAGUGUAUAUCGUUCCAAUGUUGGAACAAAGCCACAGACAAUAAUUUUACAAAACAAGAGAUUAAAUGGUGUUAUGUCUAUAAAUGGUAACACAACGAGUAGACCCGGCAGUUUAGUAUCUUCAGCAUCCCCUAUACUACCUACUUUGGAAAGGUGGUCUUCUAAUAACUCGACACUAUCAAGAACACAGAGUAAUAAUAGUUCAAUACUUAGUUUUUUUACUCAUGAUAAUAAUAAUUCUAUUACUACGGCUAACUCACCAACCUCCACAAGUAAUGAUGGCCAAUUUGAAGGCAAAAAGUCAAUUCACAAUUCAUCAAAUAAUAAAAAUUUGAAUGGUAAUAACAAUGAUGCUAAUAACACUAAUAAUUCUUACCCUUUUUCAUCUUCUACUUCAUCUUCUUCAAAUUUUUUUAAAUUUUCUUGGAGUCAUUUCCACAAAGGAAACGAUAUAAAUGGUCUUACUAUUCAAGAGGAAAGUGCUGUUGCGAAUAGUAAUCAUAAAGAUAUGGUAGAUGACGAUGAUGAAGAGAUACAAAAUUUACACACAAAGACCUAUAACUACCCAAUUGAUUUAUAUAAGAUUUCUGACGAUGAGGAACUCUUAAAAGAUAAUAUAUGGGUCAAUACUAAAGUUGGAUUAUUUGUUUUGAAAAAAGAUAAGAAAGAAGAACUAACUUUCUUUAAUGUAACAUCGUCUUUAUUAAAAAAAUUCAAGUUUUCAAACAAUUCAAACGACUCAGACUGUAAUGAAAAUAACGGGGUCUUGAAUAAUGAUCCUUCUUCAAUCAAGUCUACUCCAAGUACUACCUAUAUUAAUAACAAUUAUAAUAGUAACGAUAGUACCCCGUUAACAAGACCUAUUAGAAGAUAUUUCUAA